CUGGGUCGCAAGCUGUAUGCCCAAGUGGCCCAGAAAGCUUCACUGGCGCAUACUUCACGUCCAUCAAGCAACACGAUUCCAGUGCACCAACUGGCCAAAACCGCCCAGCCUAUGCGUCAGAUACGAUCCUUUACCGCUACACCAUUCAAACAGCGACGCGAGUACUAUCUAAAUGGAAGGCGCAUUUCCACUUUUUCACGAUUCGUCUCAUCGGUUUCGCGAAUGGUACAUACGACCAAACCCCGUCACAUUGUUGUGGUGGGCAUAGGUGCCACAGGCUUCUACCUUCUCUACCUUCUCAGCACCGAAAAAGUAGAAAUGACCGGUCGUCGACGUUUCAAUGUUAUCUCUAAAGCACUAGAGCUAGAAAUCGGCGCAGAGAGUUGUCGUGAGAUCCUGUACACCGAGCGCGGCAAGAUUCUCUCGCGUAACAACCAACUCACGAAGAUGGUUGAUAGUGUGAUGAGACGUUUGCUUCCUGGAACCAAUAUGGACAAGAAGGGAUGGCAAGUCUACGUGAUCAAGGACGAUGACAGCGCCAAUGCCUUUGUGCUUCCCGGUGGAAAGGUCUUCGUUUACACGGGAAUCCUGUCACUUUGCAAGGACGAGGAUGGACUGGCCGCUGUUCUGGGACAUGAGAUUGCGCACGUUGUCGCUCAUCACCCCGCCGAGAGUAUGAGCAACAAACUUAUCAAGCUGAGCGCUGGGAUUGCCAGUUCUCUUCUUUUUGAUAUUGCCGGGCAUGUUUCUUCGCUCCUGAUGACGAUGCUGUACACCUUGCCCAACUCGCGAACCCAAGAGGUAAGAGUGCCUAGUUUUCUUGUGCUGAUGGCUAAGGCAUGCUACAAGCCUGAGGCGGCGGUUGGAGUAUGGACUCGUAUGCACGAACAAGAGGAUCACGACCCCCUGGAGUUCAUGUCAUGCCACCCAUCGAGAUACAACCGAAUGGAACGAAUUCGGGGAUGGCUCGAAAAGGCCAACGAGAUUUACGAGGAGAACGACUGCAAGGCAGUUCGUGAAAACAGUAAGAUUGCUCGUCGGCUUGAAAAGGCCGACAAUGACGAAUUACGAAGAAAACGACUACAAGACAGUUCGUGCAAGCAUACCUGCUUGGGGGUUCUCUGCAUUGUCUACCUGGUACUUGCCGCUGUUGAUAUGAACGGCUCUGGUUGCACCCCUCGUGCAAACGGAGCAAACCCACCACCGCAGCUCCAAAAAUUGCCCGGCACAACAGCUCCAUCCACUCCCUACAUCAACUUUGAUACCCAGUCGCAUUUUCCUCGGACGCGACAACAGAUCAUGUCGCUUUCAAUUCCAGGUCCCUCCCAAGCGGGACUUUUCAAGCCCGGCUACCAGAGCCACGAUGCCGAGGAUGGAGCCGUCAUCCGUAAUAUCGAAGCCUGCCAGGCUAUCUCGGGCACCGUCCUGACCUCCCUGGGCCCUUACGGCCGCAACAAGAUCGUCAUCAACCACCUGCAGAAGAUGAUCCUGACCUCCGACGCCGCCACUAUCCUCCGUGAGCUCGAUGUUGUUCACCCCGCUGCUAAGCUGCUCGUGAUGGCCAGUCAACAGCAGGAUGCCGAGAUGGGUGAUGGUACCAACCUGGUGAUCGUGUUGGCUGGUGAGCUGUUGAAGAAGGCAGAGGAGUUGAUCCGCAUGGGUCUGAAGACGAGUGAUAUUGUGUCCGGAUACGAGAAGGCUCAGAACUUUGCUAUGUCUGUUCUAGAGGAGCUCGAGGUCGACAGACUCCAGGAUAUGCGAUCGGCAACAGAAUUGAGCAAGGCUCUCCGCACAGUGGUGGCCUCCAAGCAGUCUGGCACCGAGGACACUCUGGCUGCUCUGGUUGCAGAGGCAGUUCUGGCCGUCCUUCCCAAGAACCCCAUCAACUUCAACGUCGACAACGUCCGAGUCGUUAAGAUCAUGGGUGGUAGCUUGGAGCAGUCCAAGGUUGUGAAGGGUAUGGUUUUCGGUCGUGAGCCGGAUGGAGUUAUCAAGAAGGCCAGCAAGGCCAAGGUCGGAGUGUUCAGCUGCCCCAUUGAUAUCAGUCAGACCGAGACCAAGGGUACAGUUCUCCUGAAGAACGCCCAAGAAAUGGUGGACUUCACCAAGGGCGAGGAGGACCGUCUGGAGACUGCCAUCAAGGAGCUCUACGACUCCGGCCUUCGCGUCCUCGUUGCUGGCUCCACCGUCGGCGACCUGGCCAUGCACUACUUGAACCGUUUCAACAUCCUGGUCGUCAAGGUUCUGUCCAAGUUCGAGCUCCGCCGUCUCUGCCGCGUUGUCGGCGCCACACCCCUGGCCCGUCUGGGUGCCCCCAUGCCCGAUGAGAUGGGUCAGAUCGAUGUCGUUGAGACCUCCGAGAUUGGCGGUGACCGUGUCACCGUCUUCCGCCAGGAGGAUGCCAACGCCGUCACCCGCACAGCCACCAUUGUCCUGCGUGGCGCUACCCAGAACCACCUCGAGGAUGUUGAGCGCGCUAUCGACGACGGCGUGAACGUCGUCAAGGCUAUCACCAAGGACCCCCGUCUUGUCCCCGGUGCCGGAGCCACCGAGAUCCAGCUCGUGGAGCGCCUGACCAACUUCGCCGACCGAACCCCCGGUCUUCCCCAGCACGCCAUCCGCAAGUACGCCGAGGCCUUCGAGGUCGUCCCCCGCACACUCGCCGAGUCUGCCGGUCUCGAUGCCACCGAGGUUCUCUCUCGUCUGUAUACCGCACACCACCGCACCGCCGGUGCCGAGUCAUCCGAAGAAGAGGAGGGUAGCUCAUCCGAAGAGGAAGACCCUUACUGGACCACAGGUGUUGAUCUUGAGAUUGGCGAGUCAGACGGUACCCUUGAUACCGUCGAGGAGGGCAUUCUGGAUCUGAUGGCUUCCAAGAUGUCUGCGAUUCGUCUGGCCAGUGAGUCUGCCAGAACAGUGCUGAGCGUUGACCAGAUCAUUGUCUCUCGACAGGCGGGAGGCCCCAAGCCUCCGCAGGGUGGAGGUGACUGGGACCAGGACUAA